CAUCUUUGGAUGCUGGAGGGCAGAGGAGGUAGUCCACAGCAGAGGAGUCCCAGUGACCAGCAACCAUGACUGACCAGCAGGUUGAGGCCCGGUCCUACCUCAGCGAGGAGAUGAUCGCUGAGUUCAAGGCUGCGUUUGACAUGUUUGACGCUGAUGGUGGUGGCGACAUCAGCGUCAAGGAGUUGGGCACCGUGAUGAGGAUGCUGGGCCAGACGCCCACCAAAGAGGAGCUGGACGCCAUCAUCGAGGAGGUGGAUGAGGACGGCAGCGGCACCAUCGACUUCGAGGAGUUCUUGGUCAUGAUGGUGCGCCAGAUGAAAGAGGACGCCAAGGGGAAGAGCGAGGAGGAGCUGGCCGAGUGUUUUCGCAUCUUCGACAAGAAUGCAGACGGCUACAUCGAUGCCGAGGAGCUGGCUGAGAUUUUCCGGGCUUCUGGGGAGCACGUGACGGACGAGGAGAUCGAAUCUCUGAUGAAAGACGGAGACAAGAACAACGACGGCCGCAUUGACUUUGACGAGUUCCUGAAGAUGAUGGAGGGUGUGCAGUAAUAGUGGGCCGUCGCCUCCACCGAGAUCGCGCGUCCCUUGAGCGUGGGCGGCUCCGCCCAGGAGUCUGUUCCCGCCUCUCCAGGGAGGCGCGGCCCCUUCUGGGUCUGUGUCUGGAAGGAAUAAAUGUAAA